AUGAGAGCCUUCUCGACCGAAUCCAUUAAUUCCAUUCAUCAUAAAAACGCGCUUGUCCAAAGAGCAGUCGCACUCGUGGGCAAGGCUUAUAUGACCCAGAAAAACCGCCCAUUAAUUACCACCCGAGAAUUGAAAUCUGAUCUGCGAGGAACCGUCGAAGAAUUCCAGCAGGAACUCGUGAAAAGUGUCAGCCGAUGCUCGUCGGGUGGCCCCGAGGCUAUCCUUCUCCCAGCCUGUCUGAUUAGUAUUGUGGAGCUUCUAUUGUGCGACAAGGGAGCUUCAUGGUGCUCCUCGGUUCACAGAAUCCUUGCAUUGGUACAACAAACCCAUUACGAUACUCGACAACCGACACGGCUGGAGCGUGAUCUGAAUCGAUUUUUACGAGCCUGUGAUGUCUUGAUAUCUAUCCUCUUCCACCAAAAUAUCUUCGAGUCCCCCCUGGGCAACUUUUCAGCGAUCGAUAUGGCCUGUCCUGAUUGCUUAGAUGCCCUUCCAGAAACGGAAGACGAGCGGUGGGAUCUGUUACUCCAGCACUUGGGAGUAUGGGGCCAGCUGCAGUAUUGUACCAGCAAACGGGAGAAGCGGGAAGCCCUCGAGCGCCAGUACCCAAACUUCGAUCACACCACGCUCGGUAUCGACCUGGUUAACUUCGGGGCUCGUCUACAGCGCACUAUCAUAUCUUAUAUUCUGGCCUAUUCCUCCGGCGAGUCAAGUCAUUUGUCUUUGUCGCUCCUGCUCUAUCAUUACUGGGCCUUGACGGGAAUAUCUCAAAUAUUCCGGGGCUCUGAGUGGCAAUCCCUGGGAGUGGCCCUGCCGACCAUGAACGAUGAAAUGGCCCAUGAGCAAGCCGUCCGGACCUUUGACCAGAUUGAAAAAAGCCUCGGGAACCUUCGAUUGGACGCGAUUGUCUACGUUCCGCUUCUGGGAAAGAUCGGAGCUGAGCUACGGACUAUAUAUGAACGCCAGCGAAUGGUCGAGGUUAUUAGGUCCUUCCGGAACCAAGGCUUUGCGGUUGCCGACGAGGUGGAGCAAGAUCUGCGCAUUCGUUGGCUCGUACUAGACGCCCAGGGACAUGUUCCUUUGAACUUCUCGUGGAAGCGACGACAAUACUCGAGCUGCGAGGCUUGUCGCAAGAGCCGCCUCGGGUGCGAUGCGCAAAGAGCCGACGGGCCGUCAUGCUCCAACUGCGCGCGUCGGGGGAAGCGUUGUGUAGUCAAGUGGGCGAAAGAAGGGCCCAAGAAAGCAGCAAGCACCAAGGGAGCGGUCGUAAAAACUCCCGCUUCUCCCGCUUCUCUCUUGUCGAAUCCCAUCCAACCGGCAAACCGCCACCAGGAGGGAAGGGUCCUCCACGGGCUUCUGUAUCAGGUUUUCGUGAAUGUGUAUGAGGCGCGCAUAUCCGACUUUCUCGAGAGCCAUACAUCUCCCGCUCUCUCUACUGCAUCGCCUUCCGGAAAGUCAAUAUUAGCAUUUAUGGUGGGGCUGGAUAAUCCAGACAUCGACUGCUCUAGAAAAGGGGUGGGAUUCAUUCACCAGACUACCAAUGCUGCAAUACGUGCAUUCUCAUUGAAAUAUCUCUUGGCCGACAAGACCCGUCCAGGCCAAGGGUGCCAUUAUACAACGAUCCAGCAAGAGAGCUGCUUCAAAUCGAUUUGGGCCCAAGGCAUCCAAGCUGCCCGGGACGCUAUGGAAAGCCAAACAUAUCAAUCGGCACUCACGCUCUAUAUUAUCGGACUGGCAUCCAUGUCGAGGCCCACGUCACACAAACCUGCGAACUUCGAGCGCACGUGUUUUCGAGCUGCGUCGGACCAUAUCUCGAAACUGCGGCCCUAUACAGAGCACGCGAAUUUAGGCGACUAUGGAAAACUGGGUCACAAUGUGGCGUAUUUAUGUGCCGCGCUAAGCGAUAAUGCCUUCCAGUUUAGUCUGUCAAGGGGCUCCAGAGAGCCGACCCUUUUCCGCAUGAAUGAGCAAAUCUGGACCAAUGUGCGGGAUCGUACGCAUUUAUUCCAUCAGUCAUUUGAAGUCAUCCAUGGCAUGCAUGAUCCGAUGUCGAAAAAGGUCCUCUCUACAGUCCUCCAGCAUGCGACCAUGUUCAAGUCCAUGAUGUGGUGGAACUUUCACCAUACGGACCAUGAUCGAAUCGACCUCAUGAUCCACGACGCCGUUCUUUUUAAUCGAGUGUAUGCGCCUUUACUGGAUAUGGUAGCUCGGGACUUCUUGCUGAUCCACCCGAGAGAGCAGCUAAGCUUUGUCCUUGUCACUACCCACUUUCACUGGGCCAUUCUUCUCUUGCUUGAGGAGGUGAAAGAGCUAGGCAUUGCGAUGCCAGUUGGCCAGAGCUUGUCCGAGCUGGCGUCCGUUCGAUCGAUCGUGAACGCGCUUAAUCUAGCGCAGCUCGUCAAUCGCAUCAACGCCGCCCAUCCUGCGGUACUCCUCCUCGACCCUAUGCCUGAAACCCUGACGGAUAUUAUGUAUACUACUGCAGGAUCGCUCAUUCGACUCUGUGGAGAAGGGCAACUAUCACUUGGUGCUACCCAAACUAUGCUUUCCGUCAUUGUCUCAGCUCUAGAGGUCAUACAGGGUGUCUCAUUAAAAGCAAACGGGGCGCUCGAAAAGAUACGGCGGGAUAUACGGAAUUUGUCGAUUUUCGUUCGAGAAGCAGCUCAUUCAGGCCUCUACUGA